GAAAUCAAAUCAGAGAAGGGAAGAAUCAAUUUUAAACACAUAAUUCUGAGGGAGAACCCGAAAACGUUGUUUGCCGACUGCUCACACAACAGGACUGUUACAAACCUGUUAUUUCACACAGACCACACUACUGCCUGGCAUACAGCUGUAACAGGCAUUUCAGCUAUACGACAAAGAAAGGCAUCUGCAAGGGAAGGCAAAUUUGAGGACAGCAAAAAGGACCAGGAAAACAGGAUUCUGACGGUAAACAUGUACCAGAACGGCACUGUCACGGUCCAGGGCAGUGAGGCUGCACACAGAUCUUUUGUGCAGGACUUCCCCACCCUACCCUAAGGAAGAUAGCAGAAACCAAAAAGGACAAGGAUAGCACCCCGACCUCUCCCCUCAGGCACUCCAACAGCAGGAGCCCAGGCCCAGACCCACACAACAGGUCUGUCCUCCCCACUGCCUGCCUUCGACCACCAGAGCCAAGACCACACUACCAUCAGCCUGCUGAGAGACGGGCUGGCUCUGUUAGAGGUGUGGGUUACUGAGCUAAAGGAGCAGCCCCCCCAGCUACACCACCUCCAACCCAGACACAGAGCUUCUACAGGACCAGAUCUACCAAUGCAGGACCCAGCUGAAGAACUCUGUCCAGGAGCUGAGAGAGAGCCUCACCACAGAGCUUGAGGAGGUAAAGGUCACCAUGAGGAGAGAGCCUCACCACAGAGCU